AUGGAUCCGAGUGAGAUGAUGAACGAAGGAGCACCGUUUAACAUGGCGGAGAUCUGGCAGUUUCCGAUGACGGGAGUUUCCACCGAAGAAUCUUCCGUGAAUCUAACAACCACCACCGUCGCCGGCGAUCAGGGGAGUAUGAGCCACGCGCUCUCGCAGGCUGUGCUUGAAGGUAUCUCCGGCGUGUGGAAUCGGCGGGAAGACGAGUCCGGGAAGGUCGUUUCCACCAGAAACAAGAGACUGAAGAUAGAUGAGGUGUGUGAUGGGAAAACGGAAACAGGGUCGCCGGAGACAAACGUGGAUCAAAAGAAACAGAAGACAGAACCAAUGAAAGAUUACAUUCAUGUUCGAGCAAGAAGAGGUCAAGCUACUGAUAGUCCCAGUCUAGCUGAAAGAGAGAUAAGACACAGCAAGUUUGUUUACCCAGUUCCCGUGAAGACACUUCAGCCCAAGUUCAAGAUGGAGACAACAAACCCGACAAACUCCACCUUUGUCUCUAUCGGAAUCAUCGAGAAAGCUCAAACAGUCUUCCUCCACACCGACCCUUGUUUCUCUGUCUCCUCGAACAUUUUCCGGUGA